AUGAUCGCACUACAUACUGUCAGUGCUGCCAUUGACAUCUCGACAUGUGCUCGAAUGGAUGAAGGUGCACUUGAUAAGGCUUCCCAAGGAUUAUGCAUCAGUUCAUGUAAACUUCAGAACUGUGCCACUGGAUACUGUAGGGAGCGUAAUGGUCGUCCAAAGUGUGUGUGCAGUCGAUGCGAAAGUCGAAGUGGCGAUUCGCCGAAGAUAUCAAUUGUCGAUCAAAACAUGUAUUGGUGGGCAAUAGCGCACUAUUCGCUGUUCUGUUACUGGCAGAGCUGCGGUUUUCGGCUGCGCGUUAGCGAUAUCGCUACUGGAGAGGUUUACAGCGAUAACUUCUGA